AUGCCACCCCGGCACUUUUCCCGGUAUCUCUUCGUUGGCGCAGUCUUUCUUCUCGGCGUUAUCGUCUUUUCCACCACCUCACACACCUCCGCCGCCGCCGCCGCCCACGACGGCAUUAGGGGGUCGAUCCCGAAGAUCACCGUCCCCGGCUUCCGCUUCUCCUUCCAGAGCUCCGCGCACAAACCCCCCGAGCAGAAGAACAGCACCCACGGCGACAGCGACAGCUCGUGGUACAGCGACUGGAAAUGGUUGAACCCAUUCUCCUCCUCCGUCACCCUCGACGAAGACCGCGUUGUCCUCCCACCCGUGGCCGACCGGCCUGCGGUCUACACAUUUUACGACACGACUUUCAAGAGAGAUGAAGAUACCCAGAAAGUGGACCAAGAACUGCUGUUGACCUGGCGCCGGGCAUGGUGGGCUCACGGCUUCCGCCCGGUCAUCCUGACCGAGGCUGAAGCCAUGAGCCACCCAUUGUACCAAACUCUCCAAGAAAAGGGCAUGCCCACGGCUCUGGAACAGGAGUUCAGACAAUGGUUGGCAUGGGCCCACAUGGGAACGGGCCUGCUGUCCAGCUGGUUCUGCCUGCCCAUGGGUGCUUACGACGAUCUGCUCCUCGCACAUCUGCGGCGAGGGCAGUAUCCGCAUCUUACCAAAUUCGAAGGCCUAGGAUCUGGUCUGUUUGCAGGAGAACGCACCCAGAUCAACGACGCCAUCCAGUCGGCCCUGGGCAACAUCAAGUUAAGCACCUUCAAGUCCAUCACCGACGCUAUAGACUCGGAACGCUUCAAGGUGGAACAGCCAACCUCAGUUGCACAUUACGAUUCGCAGACGAUUACCUCCAAAUAUCCCGUCCUGGCAGAACUGAUUGUCCAAGAUCCUCACAAAGGUCGACUUGCUCUCAAUCAACUGAUGAUUACACAUUUGCACACCAUCUGGCAGAACAGCUUCAGCACUGGCAUCGCCGUCUUGCAGCCCCUCCCUGCCCAUACCUUUUCCCUGGUGAAGCCGGCAAAGGAUCUGGCCCAUCUUCUGGCCGAAUGCCCCAGCUCGAUUCUACAGUCAUCUUGUCCACCGAACCGGCCCAAGUGCAGUCCGUGUGUGGGCUCCCGCUUGAGUAUCAACACUGCCUCCUCUUUCCGAAACACUUCUUCCCUCUUUACCAUUGCCGUCGUUCCCCAUCCCUACACCAUGAUCACCCUCGCCAACCGGUCGGAUACGAUUACGGUCAACCAUAUUAGACGUCGGACCCCGCGAGACCCUUGGGUUACCGCCGUCACCCGAAACCUCCUCGGAGAUGCACGAGGAGGUCCAAGUCGAGUGGUAGCAUUGAAGGACGCCGUGGCCUCGGAAUAUGGUAGCUUUCGAUCAUUAUGGUUUACCACCGAGCACUUUCCCGCGACUUUCUGGCCACCUCCGCCUCCACCCAAGUCUCCCACCAACGAUGCUCAUCCAGUCGAGGAAAAGGUCUCUCCAUUCCCUGAAGACUGGCUUGAGAACCUUGACUGGCACUUUGGUUUUCCGGUGCCUCGGACGGGAAUCUCGCACGGCGAGUCUCUUCCUCCAGUGCCUGGACCUGAGCGCUGGGCCAAACUUCCCGCGGGUCUUCCAGCCGAUCUCAAGAAGAGCUCAGACCCUGACCCGCCGACGGCAGAGCAGGCGGCGGUUGAAGUCGAGCUUUUGCGAAAGGCCAGGGAGACCAUCAAUAGCAAGGAUGCAGCUGUUGUCCGACUUCGUGGCGUGGCAGAGGCUUGGAACUUGGCGGACACAGAGGCGUGGAAAUUCGUCAAGAGCUUCCGUGCCCGCCAAGUCGUGGAAAGACUGCAGUUCGAGGAGGAAGAAUCUGCUUAUGGCACCGGAGGCGGCGUGAGAGGCAAGCCUCGCUGGUGGGGCUCAUGA